UGAUACAAUGCAGUUCAAUCUCGUGGAGUCUUCCAGCCAUGGCGCUUCAAGACGUGUUCGAGGAUUUCAAGAAAAGCAAGGCUGUGCUGAAAAAAGUACACCAUGACACGGUUAAAUACUUCGAUGAAAUCGUUCGAAAGCUUUCCGAUAAAGGUACUGCAGAAAUUGUAGAAGAACUUCGCUACUCAACCUCACCCGUGCAAGCUUCUCCAGACGAAGUUCGAGUAAUGGCUCAAACAGUGGCAAUGGCGGAUGUUCAUCUAGAGUUCGAUUACGCCCUUGCUGAGCUGCUUUACACAGCUAAGGAGAAGAAGGAAGUUACCGAUUUGUUUGAUCAGGAGCCGGCACUCAUUUUUGUCGGGCAAACCAACUGCGGGAAAAGCUCCAUAAUCAACGAGCUCCUAGGUUGUAAAGCGCUUCCUACAUCAGACCAACCGAGCACCGCGAGAAUUGUUCGCGUUUGCCACGCUGAGGAGCCUUAUUGUCGCCUGGUUGACACACAUGGUAAAACCUUAGAAGAGAUAAAGAUGAUAGGCAAGGAUGGAAACAGAAUCCCUCGAAAGAAGAUCGAGCUCAAACCUAAGGAUCGUGAUGACCCCAGUAAAGUGGGGGCGAUCGUGGAGACCGGUUUAAAUAUCGAGUUCUUGAAAUGUGGUGUAACCAUAAUUGACUCCCCUGGAAGAAAUGAAAAUAAAGCGCUGGACAACUUGGUAAAGGAGCAGCUGGAAAAUCCUCUGGCGUUUGUUAUAUACGUGGUGGAUGGACAUGAUCUUUUCACAAAGCAGGUAAGGUUUUUUGUUUUCAACACGAUCGAUUCCUCGAUUGGUUACAAUUUGUAUUUCCGGGUUGUAUCAAGAUCGAAACUAUACAAGUGCCAUGUUUUGUGAUUCACUUGGACUGUGUCUUUGAAGUAUUGAGUCAUGAAUCAGUAAUUCGAUCAGAGUAGUUUUUAAAUACGAAGCUGAUUAAAGCAAAAGUUUGCUCCCAUCGAAAUUAAACAGUCGUGAUCGUGAAACGACAACGACGUAACUACUACAACAUCAGCAUAGCUUUUACUCUGGUUUGCCUGCUGUUGCAUUUAUUACGAAAUGAUUAUUCUACUCAAGAUAAAAAGUUUCUAAAAUAAAUUUAUUCUUUGCCAACAGAAGUACAUAACCCUUUCCCUCCCAAAGAUUCUCCACUGUUAAGUUUUUCGCUUGUAAGCAUCAUUCUACAAUGUGAAAUCUUACUUCCAGGCCAUUUGUUCGCAAAGGUGAACACUUUACCUUUAAACUCCUCCAUAUUGAAAAUUAAAACGCGUAUAUUCCGCUGAUUCAAAUUUCCCACCCCACCCAAGAAGGGUUCAAAUUCUCCACUCUGCGGGCAUGGACGACAGUGAUUGCCUCGGGUUGCCAAAUCCAAUUGCUGCUAUCUGAUUGGCCACGCUAUUCCCCUUACAUCAUGAGUAAAGUGAGUGUCUUACUAAUAAUAUUGUGGGGUUGUACUUGUUUUGUUAUUAAGUUUUGAAUAAUUAGCAGAUUUAUAAUAAAACAAGUAGGUUAUUCGCUCUCCAUUUCUAUGCGUGAAAGAGAUCUUAUAGUUAAUAAUGAUUUUUCUUUACACAGUCUUAUCAUCAAUUAUUACCAAUUAUUAUUUGUUUCCUUGCCAGGAUAGAGAGGUCCUAAAUGAAAUGACAUCCUCAGGGACCGAUUUAUCAAUAUUUUUCGUUGUCAGCAAACUGGAACCGGAAGAUCGUACCGAAUCAUCAGAUGAGGACGAUGAACCAAGAGGUCAUGCAGCACCAGUGAAGGCGCGGAAAAAGCGAGAGCUCGAAGUACAGAACAGAAAGAAGACACGGGUGUACGAGCGGCUUGUCAAAAACGGCCAUUUUCCUUCUCAACUGCCCAUGAAUCAAAACGAGCGAUUCCAUGGGCUGUCAGCUUGGCGCAUCCAGCAGUACCACGCUUUGAAGAAGAGAAAUCCCGAAGCUUCUUCCGAAGAGUUUACAGAUUACACUCAAGCCUUUGAGAGAUUUCAAAACAGCCUGAAAGAGUUCGCUGAAGAAUCUCUACGUGCAAGGGUAGCGUGUGUGUGCAGAACCCUCGUGCGUGUUCUAUCCAGAUGCUUGGAUUUCUUCAUUCAGAAAGCCAAUGUUUUGAAAAGGGGAAAGAAGCAAAUAUUGAAGACGUUGGAAACACUUUUGCGCGAGGAACAGCAAGUUCACGACAACAUAAUCCGCGACCUUGAGGACGAAAAGCGGGCCAUGGAGAUACAAGAACUCCUCAGUGAUGCCAUAAAUGGAGCCAGAGAAGACAUCCUAAAGGAAGCAGGAGAUUUUGAAUACGUUUUGACCGAAUUUACCAUUCCGUCAGAUGGCCAUGUAAAAGAGAAAGAAGCUGUGGCUCACUGUCAGGACCAGAUUCAGGGGAUGGUGGUCAAAAAACUCCAAGGAGAGAUCAAGCAAAAGUUAACGAUGAUGUUCCGCUCCAGAGAUCUGUUCCUUGUUCACCUCAAAGACGGCAUGGAGCAAAUUCAAGGAGAAAUUGCCAGAGACAACGACAUUCCAUCGGCAGCACUCGCUCUUGGCAAAAGCCUUCUUUCUUCUUACGAAGCUCAAAUCACGUUUUCACAACGCAACGGAGCAGCUUUACGUUUCAUAAAGAAAUUAAGCGGGUGGUUCUACAAGGCAAUUCGUAAUCCGAUCAAAACAAUUAUCAAGACCAUCAGUGGAGAGGUUCAAGUUGGCUCGAAGAAAUGGAAGACAGAUGUUGCUUCAAAUGCCCUUGUGAAAGUAAAUCCAUCUGACAUGGCUCAGAAAAUCGUCACAAGUUUGAAAGAGCUUUUUCGUGACUGCCAUGAAGAGUUUACCGGUGAAAUAAGAAAAGUCCAUGACCUGUUCGAUCGCGGAGAGACCAUCAAGGACAUGCAAAGGGAAACUCUUCUUGGCUUUGCUCCCAAUCUUGCACUUCUUGAGAUGCUGGCAUAUGGUGUCAUGGACAGGUUCAAGUUUGGACUUCCAGCCAAGGGAGAGCUCAUUGGGACUGGGGCACAGGGCAAUGUCUUCGCCUGUGACAACAUUAAAACUCCAGAAGGGAGGCCCUGUGUUGUUAAGGUGGUAGGUGUCGCUUCAGAGGAGGUGCUCAAGGACUUGACCCUGGAACUUCAUAAUACCAGGUAAUGUGCAAUAUCAAAAUGGUAAGGUAAAGAAACGUUUUGAAAUAGAUCCGAAACAACGCGCGGUCUCAUUGGUCGAUGGGCUUGUUUGGAGUUAUCGAUACAGAUUCGCCCGUAUUUUGGGAAAUCAUUUCUUAGGGGCAAAUAUAGGAUUCUUUUUUUCCAUGUUCACAGGGGUUUAUCCGAACACUCGGAGGAUUAAGGAAAUUCUUGAAAGCUAUACAAGCCCUGGUCUUUUCGUAUUCCAACUAUUUACUGAAAUGAACUUCUCCGUUUAAGAACCCUACACCAUCCGAACAUUCUACCCGUUAUAUGCACCGUAGUGGAGUCCAACCCAAAUUGUGGCCUUUCUGUGCAGCUUGUCUCGGAGCGAAUGAGAUGCGAUCUUCAUGAUGGUUUAGUGGGUAUACCCUCCUUGAGAAAGAGGCUUGAGAUAGCUCUCGACGUUGCCAAAGCCUUGCAGUAUCUUCACGGAGAGGAGCUGAUCCAUCGCGAUGUUAAAAUGCAGAACGUCUUGGUGAGUACCGUCACGCUACCUGUUAUCGUUGAUUGUGAAAUAAAUGGGGCUGUGGUGGGUGUUAGCUAUGUAAGGCUGUGCUUAUGAAGAGUUCCAUAAGAGGAGCUGAUUAUUGAACCAAAAGGGGACUUAGAAAUAAUAAUAAUAAUAAUAAUAAUAAUAAUAGUAAUGAUAAUAUUAAUAAUUAAUAAUAAUUCUGAAUUUUUACAAUAUAUAGCUAGUACAUUACAUUUUUGGACAAGCAAAUUCAAAUUUUUCCUUUUUUCUCCUUUUAGUUGGACGAGAAAAACAACGCAAAGUUAACUGAUCUGGGUCUCUGUAAAUCCGAGGGUCUCAUCUGUAACUCGCUGGUUGGUACUCCUAUCAACAUGGCGCCCGAAAUGAUGAAACAACAGUACGACAAAUCCAUUGAUGUUUACGCGUUCGGCAUGUUGCUCUGGCGAGUGUGCGAAGGUCAGGGCAACCAACCACAGAAUAUAAACCGCCACUUUCUACCUCUGGUUAUGCUCAUGAUGAAUGCCGUUGACAACAAGACACCAGAGAGGUUGGACGUGUUUCCAGAACAAUGCUGGCAACUCAUGGUAAGGUGCUGGAAUCAGGAUCCCGAAGCAAGGCCAUCAUUCGACAGUGUGGUUAGGGAUUUGGAAACGUUCCUAGCGGAGAUGCCGGAUCAGUAG